AGGGCAAAGUUAGGGAGAAAGAGCAUAGCAACGUCUCUUUCAGAUUUGGAUCUCUUGAAUUUUUAACAAGAUGAUGGACUGGAGAUUUGUGGCCACUCACUUGAUCCUGGCCAUUUUCCUAAUGCAAUGGAGCACUGGCAAAGGGCCCGGGGUCGAGGCAGCACCAGAGCAGGCCGUUAACUCCAUAGCUGAGAGUGCACAAUCCCACAUUGAAAACACUGAAGAGAAAUCUGCCACUGAGCUGACCCAGAAACUCCUGUUCCUUGAUGAGCUGGUAUCCCUGGAAAAUGAUGUGAUUGAGACCAAGAAGAAAAGGAGCUUCCCUGUCUUCGGGGCUCCUCUGGACCGACUCUCAGCUGGAUCCUUCAACAUCAAAGGCAAACAGAGAAAAACGGUGGAGCUUCCAAAAAGGCGAUUUGGAGUCCCUAUUGAUCGUAUUGGGAGCAACCGUCUUGCAAACACCAGGGGCUAGUAGGAUCCAUGG